AUUUUACAAAGUGGACACCUGUGCAGAACCUGAACUGAAGAUUGUGUGGCUAGGAAAUGAUUGUAAUGUAACAUCAUUCGAUAAAUAACAAUUUUCAUGUAUAAAAUGAAGCAAGAAGUGGAUAUUGUUUACAAUAAAGUUUGUAGUGCUUGCCUUAGUUCGGAUCGUGAUUUAGUAUUUAUAAUAGGUCAAUCAGAUAUUUACCAAAUAUUUCGACUACUAAUGUAUGAUUUCGUGGGUGACAAGUUUGAAGAACUGCAAGAAACGUUACAAGUGUGUUGGGAAUGCCUUGCUCUAUUAAGGAGGUUUGAUAAAUUCAAAAAGCAAGUUCACACCGCCCAGGAAACUAUCCUUAGCUUAAAAGAUAACCACGAGAAUACAGACCAUACCUAUAGUUUUUCACAAUCUCUAUCGACAUUGGGACUCACAAUAAAGAAUGGUUAUGACUUUUGUUACGACAAUAAGAAUACAAUUCAAACAGAAUGGACACCAAAGAUUGUCGCUGUGAGCUUCGGAAGUAACGUCAAGAAUGAGCUGAACAAUGAUGAACAGAUGUUGGAAAGUACGCAGAUGCUUGAGGAUCCCAAUAUAAUAGUUAAACCUCAAAUUGUGAUAAAACAAGAACCUAUAAAUCUCCAAGAGCAUAAUAAAGGCGAUAAUAAAACAGUGUUAUCAAAAGUUACAAUCAGCAUCGGACCGCUGCCUGAGGACAGAACAGACUUGUCGCUGGUAGAAGACGUCCAGUCAAAUGAUUACACAGAGGAAAAGCCAGACUUGAAGGCAGGCUCAAUGGAAUAUAUGAAUGAUGAGGACACGGUAGCUAUUAGUACCGGAUCGCUGCCUGGGGACAAAGGAAAUGCGUCAAAGGAUCUCGUGGAAGAAAAGGCAGACUUGAAUCUAUACCCCUCAUUCGAGAUGAACCCAUAUAUAACUGAGUAUAUGAACGACGAGGCCAUGUUAGCUUUUAGAGAAAAGGCAAAAGAAAAAAUCCAGUAUGCCAGCGCAGCUUAUAAGUGCGAUCUUUGUAUAAUAGAUUUUAGCAGUCAACAGCAGGUCGACAAACACUGUAAACUGGCGCAUAAAGCCUGCCGUGCGACGCUGACAGAGCGACCGACCGUACGCGCGUACGCAUUAUCGCGAACAAAAAUCAACAUUGAUACCGAGCGUGUUAUUUCUGAGGUGCACCUUCGCCCGGUGUUGUGGGAUCUCUCUUGUGAGCAUUACAAAGACCGUGAUGCGAAAAUAAAAGCUUGGCUAGAAGUUUGCCAAGCAAUAACCCAAAACUACGACGAACUAUCAGUUAAUGAGAAAAAACUUAUAGAAAAACAAGUACAACAGCGGUGGAAAACCGCGCGCGAUGCCUACGUAAGGAGCAAAGCCACAUUGAAGAAUAUAAAAUCUGGAUCUGGAGGUGGAAACAUUAAGAAAUAUAUAUUUUUUGACUGUAUGCAAUUUUUAGACAAAAAACAAGUAGUCAACACAGAAGAUUCAAUUUUAACAAGUCAGGACACAAUUAAUGAAUCCCGAUCAAAUAGCGAGACUAUUGAUACAGGAGAAGGUUCUUCGUCAAACACUUCAUCAAUCCAAAAUGCUCUGCCUUUACCGUCUGAGGGUUUCAACACUUCCCAAACAAAUGAAACAGCUGCAAAUAGACGGAAAAAUGUGCAUAGAAAGCGUAAGAGAAUUCCUGAUGAAGACGGCAAUUUCGAGAAAGUAAUGUUGAAUAUUUUUAAAGAAAACACAAAACUGAUGCAGAACGAUGAUAUGUCAUUUUUUUCUUCGCUUCUGCCGAUCAUGCAAACUUUUUCUAUCCACCAAAAAUUACUGUUCCGUUCAGAAGUACUAAAAAAAGCGAUAGAAAUUUCAUCUGCUAACAGCUCUAGUGAAGGCCGGCCUGGGACGUCCCAUACUUCUUCUACGAAUAGAAUAGAAUGAUUCUUAUUUAAUAUUGAUUAUUACAUAAUACUUAUUGAAAGUCAUUUUUUUACGAUGUUGAAACAUUCAGAUAUACAUUGAAUUUCUGAUAGAGAAUUGUUCGGUUAUAGCGGCUUCUGAUAUUACAACAAUUUUGGGUAUAGCGACCAGUUUUAAUGAGUCAUUCAUAAAAAAUUCCCUGAAAUCUCUUACAGGUAUUUACGACCCAGUCUAUACAUAAUGAACGAGUCAACAAACAAAUACACAAAGGUUCAUUUGUAGAGUCAUUAAGCUUUCUUAUCUUUUGUUCGUAAUCCUAGAUAUUCGGCAGCUGUGACAAUACGCUUAAAAUUAGUUACUCUGAUUUUUGGGAUGUUAGAUUGUUUGUUCAUCACAGCACCCGUUAGAAGAACGUUUACGGUUGAAGAAAAUGUAGAUAUUAUUUCGAGGCUUCAGAAUGGUGAAAGCAAUAUUAACUUUUGCAAAGAAUUAAAUAUUUCGCAUUAUACAGUGUCAACAAUGUGGAAAAACCAGUCUGAAAUUAUGCAAUGCUUUAAUCAAUUAUGGAAAUCUUUGACUGCAAAAAGUAAUUGUAGACAAUCUCAUGAAGAUAUAGAAAGUGCUCUUCUAAUGUGGUCCAAAAAUUAAAGAAGCAAAAAAGUAUUUUUUGACAAUAAAUAUUAUUUUCAUGCUUUCUUAAUGUCAAGUUUUCUGUUCUCCACACUUCUACCUAAUAGGCGUAGUGGAUAUAGUGACUUACGGAUACAGUGGCGAAAUUACACCGGUCCCUUCACCGUUGUUAUAAGUGAAACCUAGUGUACUUACUUUAUACUCAUCAGAACAAUCCACAUUGCAAACCCUUCCCGAACAAUGUUCUAAUUUUAUGGAAGAACCCGCAACUCAACAAUUGGUAGCACCAAGUGAUUCAUCGAUCCCAGCCUAUACAUUGCAAGAAUAUAAUACUACCUACUUUUGUACGUUUAAUCAAAGUACCUACUCAUAAUAUUAUUUUUGAAUUAUUCUUUGUCCUAUUAUGAAAUAUAAGAAAAAAAAACAAUAUUAAUAAAAAGGUACUUAAAUACAAUAAGUACUUACCUUAGGGUAACGGCUAAUCUUUCUAAUGGUGGCACUGGAACUCGGAACAUGUUGUUAUUCUUCAAGCUAUCCUGAAGUUUAGUCAGUAGCUCGUCAAAACUUCGGAUAGACAUCCUGAAGUACUCAAAAAAUAUUUCCUCGUGUUCUCGCAAUUUUGAAUACAAUAAACAAAAUUCUCCUUCAAUUAAACGGUCUAAAAUUAUUGGGUGGACCUGAUACCUUCUCCGUCUUUUGUGCCAUAAUCGUUUGCGUAUAUAGUACGCACAUAUUAUAGAGUUAACAAAUGGAUUAAUUUUUCUUCGUAAUUGUACACGUCUAAUAAAGCUUGCCGUCAGUUAAGCAUUAAACGCUUGGCCUCUAUCGACGAUCAGGACGUACCGUCAGCGCGUACGGUACGUGCUGACAGUCGUUCGAGCACAAAAUCCAGCCUAAAACUAUUGAUUUUUAAAGUUGGCUUAAAAAUUUUCUACAAAUUUGUUCGGAACCCUCGGUGCGCGAGUCCGAAUCGCACUUUACCGGUUUAUUUACGUAAUAAAUGAUUUAUUUAUUUAUUUAUUUUAAAACAGUGUACAUGCUGGCUUACAGUAUGCCCCAAAACGUCAGCAUGCUAAUUUACAAAUUAAACUUUUAAAUAAUAAGUAAUUGAUUAAGAUACAUGUCCAAAUAAAAUAAAAAAAUAAAAAAUACAUGCCAAAUAGAUAAAAAAAUAGAUGCCAAAUAGAAGAUUAUAUUAUGUCAAAUAGAGUAAACAAAAUAUCAUUGUCAAAUUAACUAAGCUAAGAUUAAAAAUUAAUAUACUCGUAUUACAAUAUGUCAAAAUUGGAUGUCAAAAAUAGAAGGGCUUUAUUACAUAGUUGCCUAAAGCUAUCAGCAAAUAAGUCAGUCUCGUAAUCAUGAUAAGAAAUCAAGAAUCAAUGAUAGAAGUGUGUAGGGUCACUUGUUGUCUUGAACUCCCAAAACGACAGGACUGUAUAUAAGAAGCGUAUUUCGUAUAGUAAUUUUCUCUGAAAUCACAGUGUACAAUGAAUUCUCCUGAUUUCAGAUUUGACUUUUUAUUUUUUUAAUUUAAUUUAAUUGUAUUAAUUUUUGAUAUAUUUGAUAUUUUUGGGUGGUUAUAUUUUGUAACUUUAUGUCGUGUUACAUAUUCUUUCUUUCCGAGGCUUUCUCUUCGAAAAAAAAUUCUAUUGCUGUUUUUAUUUUAGUUUUUGAUGUUUCAAUAAAUAGUUUUUGAGUCGAAUCUUUCUUUUUUAUUUUGACUUUUUUGAGUUUUAGUCAUUUCAACUGUUUUUCUUUCAGACUUAGUAUUUUUUAAUCUCUUUGUCUGUUUUCGGUACUUCUCAUGUAUUAGUUUCAAUUCUUGACUUUUUCUAUCUUUUAUUAGCAAUUACUUAUCUGCCAUGUAUUUCAUUUUUUAAAGGUGUUUCUAUUUGCCUUUAUACUCGUAGUAUGGGGGAAAUAAAAUGCGAUGCGCUGUUUACACUUCUUUCUCAACCCAGUGAGCAUGAAUACCGGUGCCUUAGAGGCAAUAUCGUCGGUCCUACCAUGGUUGCCAUGGUCUUGGAAUCCCUGUAUUUCAUCCAGCUUUUGGUUGUAAUAUAUAUGUCUUCUUAUAGACAUUUCAUCAAAUGAUAAAAUGCUAAUAUUAUCUUUUUUAUCAUGGUUCCGGCUCAUUUUUUCCAAUGAGUUAAAUAUAUGAUUGUUUAUGCCUAUUUUUAGUGCACUUUAUUGAGGAGUUGAUUUAAACUUGUUUGACAUGGUAAAGCAAACAUUCUCUUCAGUAAUCUGUAAUAGGCUGGGGACUUUUUAUAAAUUAACAAAGCCUAAAUUUUUUGUUUUAGAGUAUAUCUUCUCCGUUUUGGUUUUUGGGCAAUUUUGUAAUAAAGUUAUGAAUUAAUUGCUCAUAUUUAAAUUACACAAUUCUUCAACAUGUUGAUCUUCUAAAACUCUCUCUAUCUUCGCUCUCGUAAUAUUCUUAAUUUUGUUACGUAAUCGUAUUAUCUCAUGCAUCUUCUUUCUGUAUAUUUUAUAUAAUUUUAUUUUCCUCGGUGUCAGUUGGCUUACUUUUGUGACACCUAGGUUAAAUAGGAUUUUAGUUCAUUUCUUGGCCAAAUUUGACUAGCUACAGGUUACCACAUUGAGGUUUUUAGUUAUUGGUGCAUUCUGAAAUUAUAAGUAUUCACUCUUAGGGACCGAUACCAGCACUCACAUAAUUUAAAAUUGUAAUGUAUUUGUCAGUUGGUAAUAAAUAUCUUAUGUAGAAUC